AAAAAAAAAGAGUUUUUUUGGAAUUUUAUUACUGACAGAGAAUAAUCUCACAGUGCAUAAAGAGAUCAACAGGAAAACGGACAACAGACGCAGAGAUCCCAUAAAAAGGAAUACAAAUAUCCACUGCAAAUACAAAAACUUGCUCAACUUCACUCAUAAUUAAGGAAUGCAAAAUAAAAACACACCAGGAUGCUAUUCUCACCUGUCAGACUGGUGGAAACCCGAAGGAUGAACAAAGAACGCACCUCUGCUGACCGUGCACGGGAAGAGGCCAGUGUCUCUCAGUGGCGGGGGGACAAGACUGUCCAGUGACCGGAUGCAGCGACUGGGCAUACUCGUCUGAAGUGCAAAUACACGCAAGCUUUGGCUGUGCACCUGGUUCCUGGGAGGUGGCCUUCCCGGUGCACCUGCAUGUGUAAGCAGUGACACUACGGACGACAGCAGCACUGUGUACAAAUGUAAAACAGCAUCGACAACGACGUUCGCGAAAGGAGGCCAUUUAAAUAAACCAGGUCACAGCUGGGUCACGGGACACUACGCACCGCAAAGUCCUUUAGGAAAGACCCAGCUGUCAGGGCCCAGGCUGCGGAGGGCGCGUCCUCCAGCGUGGCGGGGGCGCUGCAGGUGGCUGCAGGAGGCGGCGAAAUUUCCAGAAGGAGCUGGGCCGGCAGGGGGCGCGGCGGCCGCGGACAAGCGCUCACACGUGGGAUGGACGCUCGGGCCGGCGCCGCUGACCCCGGUCCUCCCCUGCAGAGCCGGCCGCUGCGGAGGAUGCUCCUGCUCGCCCUGCUUCUGGCCCUGGGCCUGCCCCGCGUGGGGACCAACGCCACCAGGCCGGAGCCGCAAUUCAGGCCAAUAAUAAAUUGUCACAUUUGCGAGCAAGAGAACAGUUUCGACUGCAAGAACUCGCAGGUCUGUGGAGCAGAUGACCAGUACUGCAAUAUAGUUGUCAUAAGCAUAUUUCCACGUUUCUUCUUGGUUGCAAAGUCAUGCUCCCAAUACUGUCCAGUGAUUGAGAUGCCCCGCCCGAAAGCCAAGCCAUUUAUUCUCUUGAAGCCUCUGCCCUUCUUAUACGUGAAGUGUUGUACAGAAAACUUGUGCAAUGAAGCUGGGCCUAAAGUCAACGAGACGGCAUUCAGGGAACAUGCUGGGAGAGCAAGCGAGAUGAGGUGCGGCAAUGUGGGGUUGGUGAUGCUCCUGGCUCUGGCAUCCAUGUCCGGCCUCUGCCUGCUGUGAGCCAGGAAGUGCAUGGACUCACUGCACGCUUUUGGAACCUGUCACAUUAAACAUGUUUUCCGUUGAUUA